AUGAGCACAGUUCAUCGGCUCGGGUUUACCGAGCUUGGGGUCAAGGGACGCGACGGGCCGUUCCGUUACAAUGUCAUCUUCGUCCACGGCCUCAAAGGUCACCCCAGACACACGUGGGGGCGCGAGACCACUGAAGGCGAUGCGACCCAUCGAAGGACAGACGUUGGUUUGAAUAGGAGAAAGUCGUCCAUCAAAUCUCUCCUCAAGAGUAGAAAGACCACCAGUACCAGUCUUUCAGAGGCCGGCAAUCAGCCCAAGCCAUUCUGGCCGGAAGAGUUUCUAACUGGAGAUCUUCCGGAUGCGCGGAUAUGGACCUAUGGGUAUAAUGCGGACGUCAUCCAGGGAAUGUUCCAAGCGGGAAACCAGAAUAGUAUUUCGCAGCAUGGGAGGGAUUUGUCUGCCCAGUUUGAGCGGGACAUUGACAACAAUGACCCGGUCGUUUUCAUAGCUCACAGCCUGGGCGGAAUCCUGGUCAAAAGUGUCAUUCAUUUGUCUGAAAAUUGUCGGUCACGGACGAGGCUUAUUAUCUUUCUCGGCACUCCUCAUCGAGGCAGCAGAGUCGCAGACUGGGGUAAAAUACUUUCUAACUUGUCUCGAGUCGCAUUACAGCAACCAAACUCCAGGAUUCUCAGAGGCCUUCAAGUAGACAGCGAGGUCCUUGAGAACAUUCAUGAGGAGUUUAAAGUACAUGUUCAUAGACAUGAAUUCAAAAUCUACUCAUUUCAAGAGGGUCGUGCGCCGGAAACGUUGGGAAUCAGUCACAAGAUUGUCGAUGACUUCUCGUCCAAAAUGGACCUUCACCGUGGGUUGGAGACCGUCCAGAGUAUGGAUGCCGACCAUAGACAGAUUGCAAAAUGCAUCAAUAAGGAGGAUCCCCGCUACCGUGCCCUUCUCGGAGUCUUGAAACAAUUGGCGAUUGAAGAGAUCGAUUGCCUGAACGGGGAAGGAGCCUCAUACAACGAACCGAACAAUUCUACGGCUAUUGGCAAACAUCCUACGGAUUAUACGGAUGGUAGCGCCAAUGUACAGCCAAUGGUCCUAAAAGCUGGCCCUAAACCAACAUUGAAUCCUAUCUACUAUCUCCCAUUUACUGCAAACAAAAAGUUUACUGGUCGAGAGAGCGUUUUGCAAGCUAUCCAGGGGAAACUCUUCUCUGAUCCACCAUGCCAAAGGAUUGCGUUAGAUGGUCUAGGGGGUGUCGGUAAGACACAGGUAGCCCUCCAGUUUGCCCACUGGAUGAAAGCCAACCAGCCGACAUACUCCGUCUUCUGGAUCCCGGUACUCAGUGAAGCGAGCUUUGAGCAAGCGUAUAUGGAAGUCGGCAAGCUGCUCUCUGUACCGCGCGAAAGCGACGAGGACUACAAGAAAACCAUCCAGCGAUACCUCUCGUCAGAAGCAGCGGGCAAAUGGCUGCUCAUUAUAGACAAUGCAGAUGAUAAGGCCAUGAUGUUUGGGACACUUGGGAAAUUGGGAUUGAUAAACUUCCUGCCCCAAAGCGACCAUGGCCUCUUUUUGCUCACCAGCAGAGUCAAAGAGAUAGCCAUCUUAUUUGCAGAAACAGAUGUCAUUAGUAUAACCGAGAUGACCUCGGACGAAGCAAGAGUCCUUCUGGAUAAAAGUUUGAUCACGAGAGAGGAAAGUCUUGAGGAACACGCUGAUCAGCUUUUGAAGGAGUUGAGCUAUCUACCUUUGGGUAUCACACAAGCUGCUGCAUAUCUCAAUCGAAACACAAAUAUAUCUCUGAGGAGAUACCUGGAUCUUUUACGCGGGGCCGAGAUUGAGAAAGUCCAGGUUCUAAGUCGAGGGUUUCAUGACCAACGGAGAUAUCCCGGGCUAUCGAACGAUAUAAUGUCAACCUGGCUGGUAUCGUUCAGCCAGAUUGCUAAGGAAGACCCGUUCUCUUUCAAACUGCUUUCAUUCAUGGCGUGCAUUGAGCCGCGAGCUAUUCCGAAGAUAAUCCUGCCGUUUGGAAAUUCGGAGGAAGAGAUGGAAAAUGCGAUAGGAACCCUCUGCGGCUACUCUUUUCUAACCCAAAGGCAAGAUCCGAAUACUUUUGACAUGCACAGACUGGUCCACCUGGCAACUAUUCGAUGGUUGGAAGGUCAAGGCAUGAUGAAGGAGAUUUUGACGAAUGCAGUUCAGGGGAUUUUUGAGAACGUGGCAAAGCAGUCAACCGCUGAUCAAUCGCUGGCCCAUGAAUGGAGACAAAUAUUGCCCCAUGGCUUGAGACUGAUAAGUCAAAGCGAGUAUCACUACAGCAAAGUUCUAUGCGACUUAGCUGACUAUGUUGGCAUAUGUUUGCUUACGGAAAGGCGGUUCAAGGAGGCCAUAGACUGUCUGCCCAAAAUUGCAAAUUGGGCAAGGGCAAACCUUGCCCGGGACGAUUACCUCUGGCGACAUUUGGAUUUCAUGCUGGCACAUGCAUUGCUUCAAGAAGAUCACGUGGACGAGGCAAUUGAGAUUAUCGAGCCAAUCGUCAGUACAAACAAAAAAACCAUCAACGACAAGCAAUUUGUCUUCCAGUCAGAGCAUUUGCUCGCAAGUGCUUACCUCGAGAACAAGCGAGUGGAUGAGGCCAUAGAGAUGUUUGAGGCCAUGUACAAGGAUAUCGGAGAGGAUACGUCGGGUUUUGAAUUUGCCUAUAGUCAAACCAGGCACCAACUUGCCAGUGCUUACAUUGAGGCUGGGCGUGCCAGUACGGCCAUCGAGAUCCUCGAACCUAUUGUGCAGGAAAAGCGGCGAACAUCAAAACAAGAGGAUCGACACCGACUUUCUUCGGAGCAUGAACUUGGAAGGGCAUAUUUUCGAGACGGUCGAAUUCAUGAAGCAAUUGAAAUCCUCAGCCAUGUGAUCAACGUUCAAAAAGAACACCAAAAGGAAGACGACCAGACACGACUGACUUCAGAACAUGAACUUGGUCUGGCCUUUCAGAAAGCCCAGCGCUUUAAAGAGGCUAUUGAGGUGUUGGAACAUGCUGUCAAGUUCCGAAAAGCCGUUUUGGGUGAGGAGAACCACAUCACCCUCGUGUCGGAGCAUGAGCUUGCACUUGCAUAUCUGGAAGAUGAGCGUGUUGAAGAGUCUAUCGAGAUAUUGGAACGCGUAGUUCGCAUCAGGAAGGAGACGUUGGAGGAAAAUGACGAAUCGCGCUUGGCUUCGGAGAGCGCCCUUAAGAGAGCAUACCUGCAACGUAAACCAUUUAUCGUAAUUCUCACGGGCCAAGUUCCUUAA